ACACCAACCAAUCAGAGAGGCAAGGGGCGGAACUGGGCGGUGUCUUGAAAUGAGAAUGCCAAUCAGAUUACAAGGAGGGAGUAACCUGUGUGUACCCUGACAGGCGUGUCUAUAAAGACUUACAAGAAACAACAAGAGGAAGAAUAAAGAGCAGACAACGGUGAAGGAGCAAAGAAGAAAACUUUGGUGGUGAGCCGGGAACAUCGCAAGACUGAAGAGAUUUUCUAUCAACAUUUGGAGACAUGAAGAAGGGAGUCUGCGUUUGUCUUCUGUAUCUGCAGACAUACCUGUCCCUGGCGUCCGGUGAGCGGUUCCUGUAUAAGGCGGGUGAUCGGGUCACAGUGCCGUGCGGCAUGAAUUCCCCCGGGGACAUCGAGUGGAAGAAAAACGGGACGCGUAUAAUAAAGAUCGAAAAAGGAAAAACCAUUCUCGGUGCAACAAAGGACAAAACAAACCAACAACGUUUCAGUGUUCCGGACGGCGCUACGAAAGACUUGCAGAUCUCGGAUAUCGUCCUCAUUGAUUCCGGAAAUUACAGCUGCGAGGAGAAGAACAAAGCGUCGCGGACGGUCCAAGUUCUGGUCCUCCAAGUGGAUGCCGUUCCUUCCGUGAACCUCCUGGCCUCCGAAGAUCUAAUGCUGACCAUUAAACUCCCUCCUGGAACGUCUCCCAUCGUGUCCUGGAGGAGGGGCCAGAAGACGAUCGCCGACGGGCCGAUCCUGAAGAAGGACAACGUGCAGAUCGAGGACCAAGGGACCUACAAGGCCCACGUAGAGAUCGGCGACGGACUGAGAAAAGAGAUCGAUGUGAAGAUAGAAGUCAGCGGUUUCUCCCGCUCCCCGUCCAUCGUGUACAUCUCCGAUCGGAAACGAUCGCUCCUCCUCCCGUGGAUCUUUAAUUUCGGUGUGCGGAAGACCCCCUUAGAGAAGGAGGUGAGGGUCCUGGGAGGGAACGUCUCCUUCUCCUCCCAGAAGAUCAAAGAGAUGGCGGAUAGGGGCGGAGCCGGGUGCUGGGAGGCGGAGUGUGACACCAAAAUAUCAGAAGAGCAAUCUAAAGACCUGAGCUUCACCCUCACCAACCCCAAGUGUGGCCCCUACCGCAUGGAGAUCCACCUACAGCUGGGGGCCCGCAAGAGACGCCUCACCAGGGAGGUCUGUGUGUCCAACGUCACAGUCUCGGCUUCCCCGGCCUUCUUCAGCAUGGAGUCCAAUGUGACCCUCGCAUGUUCCGUCACCUGCCUGGACCCGGAGGGGAAGCUCUGCUGGGGCUCCAAUCUGAUUGGACAGAAGGUGUGCGGAGCGCCGGGACAGAGAACCUUCACCAAGAAUAUCACCGCCGUGCCCGAGACCUUGGGGAACUGGACCUGCAAUGUUCUGAUUGGAGGAAAUAUCGCGGCCGGCGCUAAUCUGACACUGGAGGUCACCCUGAGCCUCUUCCAUCCCUCCGGCGCCCUCUUCUGGGUGACGGUGGCGGUGGGAGUCGUCGUCCUCCUGUUACUCGCGGUGAUCGUCGCGGUCAUGGCGGCUCGGUGUCGCAGGGUGAGGCGUGCGCGGUACAGAGCCUGGUUACUGGAGAACCUCCACCAGCAGAGGGUGUGCGAGUGCAACGGGUUUGCACCCAAGAGGCUCAGAGAGAACGUCUGACUGCGCUGGAUAUCCUGCAGAAUAUUGCACUGAUUGUCCCCUGCAGGCCAUUGCACUUCUAGAUGGACUGAAUCCCUAUACUGGAAGAGAUCAGAUCCCUCCAAUGAGGAACUGGAUACUUCACGGCCCCUUCCGACUCUUCCAUGAGACGGUCAUGUGACAUGAUGAUGGUCCGUCUACGGGCCGCUGUAUAUAUAAGCCCCGCCCCUUGUAUGGACUUGUAUCACACUGUAUAUAUAAGCCCCGCCCCUUGUAUGGACUUAUAUCACACUGUAUAUAUAUAUACUGCCGCUGUAUAUAGACAAAUAGUCUGCAGAAGAUUUUUUUUAUCGGACAUGAAUCUGAGAGAUGUGAAGGAGGAGCACGGGGCUGGCUGAGGCUCCAUAGACCAAUGGUGGUCUCCCUACUUCAUAACGGGGGCCACAAAUAUGGGGACCCCUUUAUCUUCCAAGGCGAAUCUGUCAGAUGUGAAGGAGGAGCACAGAGCUGACUGAGACUCCAUAGGGUGGGCAACUUACAACAACCCCACACUUGUGGCCCCCUCUAUCUUCCAAGAUUAAUCUGUGAGAUGUGAAGGAGGAGCACGGGGUGAAAGAUCUGACUGAGGCUCCACAGACCAGUGGUGGUCACCUUUCUUCAUAAAGGGGGCCACAAAUAUGGGGACCCCUUUAUCUUCCAAGGCAAAUCUGUCAGAUGUGAAGGAGGAGCACAGAGUUGAUUGGGACUCCAUAGGGUGGUCAACUUGCUUAAUAAAGGGGGCCACAGAUGUGAAGGAGGAUGACGGGGUGAAAGAGUUGGCUGAGGCUCCAUGGACCAAUGGUGGUCCCCUUAUUUGAUAAAGGGGUCACAGGUACAGGAAGCCCCCUGAUUUUCCAAGACAACCCUGUCAGAUGUGAAGGAGGACCACAGGGCUGACUCCAUAGGGUGGUCAACUUACAACCUUCGAACUUGUGGCCCCCUUUAUCAUCCAAGACAAAUCCGUCAGAUAUGAAGGAGGGCCACAGGGCUGACUGAGACUCCAUAGGGUGGUCAGCUUACACCCCCCGCACUUGUGGCCCCCUCUAUCUUCCAAGAUUAUUUUGUGAAAUGUGAAGGAGGAGCACAGAGUGAAAGAUCUGACUGAAGCUCCAUAGACCAAUGGUGGUCAACUUACUUUAUAAAGGGGGCCACAAGUGCGGCCCCAGACAUCACCAUAGGGCCACACAUAAUAGUCAGUGUAUGUAAUGCUACAGAAAGAGGUUGGAGUCAAGACAUGGAACAAGACUUGGUCAGGCUGCCAGCGAGUUGUUGAAGACGGGGGAUAGUCCCUCCAGGAGAUGGUCAGAGACUGGGGACUGCUGAAGACCAUCGCUAUGAAAUUCCCCUUUUACAAGUCAAAGCUUCCACAUAUUUUUCUCCCUACAGUUGUCUGAAAAAGCACUUGUUCUGCAUUAAAUAGCUACAUGAGGGGCCUAUAUACUGUAUAUUUAUUUACGCCUUAAGCAUUUGCACAGUUGUCACAAAUAAUCACAUUAUUAUGUAUACAAUGCUUAUUUCCUAUGACAGUCAGCGCCAUCUAGUGGCCAUAAUGCAGGAUUUUUCUGAUUGAGGUGUUUCAGGAAAAUACUGCAACAUGACCACUAGAUGGCGCUAACUGUGAUUUUUUAUUU